UUUUUUUUUUUUUUUGAGACAGAAUCUCGCUCUGUCACCAAGGCUGGAGUGCAGUGGCGCGAUCUCGGCUCACUGCGACCUCUGCCUCCCAGGUUCAAGUGAUUCUCCUGCCUCAGCCUCCCAAGUAGCUGGGAUCACAGGUGCCCGCCACCACGCCUGGCUAAGUUUUGUAUUUUUAGUAGUAUAGUUUUUUUUUGAAAUAAAUGGGGGCAUCAGUGAACCAAGCACUCAAUGACAGAAGAAGAGACGAGAUCUUGGUGCUUUAAUCCCAUGCCAGGCUAGUGAAAUAGACAACUUCAAUAAUCUAUUAAAUGACAGAGUAAGUUAUUUCAACUUUAGAAGCCUAUUUUGAAGCCUAAGUUAUUUCAACUUUUGAAAGAAGGAAAGGAGGAAGAAAGGAAGGAAAGGGAGUGAGGGAGGGAAGAAGGAAGCAGGGAAGGAAGGAAGGAAAGUAGGAAGGAAGGAAGGGAGGCAGGGAGGGAGGGAGGGAGGGAAAAAAUGACUGGAGGGGAAUGAACCAAGACAGAGGGCUUCCUAUUGAAGUAGGAAUUAGGAUAGUCCUCAUGCCAGUAAAAUGUGGCAUUUUGCUAUUCCCCACACUCAGAGUUCACUUUCUUUGAAAGGUGAGAUGCUCUUACUGAUGUGCUAGAUGCGGUGCUAGCGCAAUUCGAGAUGGUCACAGCUGGACUCACUCAAGGUCCUGGCAAUAAACAGGCUUCGCAGAGUUUAAGUCAGGGGCUUUUACAAAGGUGUGGGCCGGGCUGAGGGGAGCCAAUGGCAUGGCGAAGCAACCCAGGAGGAAUGGCAGCAGGAAGCUGUUACCACCCACCCACUCAGCUCCCCGGGUGGUGAAUAGCAAGGGGAUCUGCCUCUCCAGCCACUGUCCUAGAGGCCAUCCCUCAAGGUCACCCUCUGAGGCUCAAGGCAGGCUGGAGGAAGCAGAGGAGGGCAGACAGGCAAACAGAGGCUCUCCAGCGCAAGGGCCAGGGAAAACCCUAAGACGUGGAUUUUUCAAGAAAAUCGUGUUGAUCACUUGAGCAAGGGUCUUUCACUAAAUAUCAGAGACCACACAAGCUGAGCGUCCCCUGGACAAGUACUUGUGAGCUUUGAUGGUAUCACACAUUCUCAGGAAUGGAAGGGACCUCAGGUGGCCUCCUAGUCUCAUCCCCUCCCUGCAAUUUCAGAGGUGAGGAAUAACUCCCUGCCCUUUGUAUAUAUUAGGUGUGAAAGGCUUGAGUGUGUGCCCAAGGCCACAAUUCCAAUAAGCGGUGGGUGGGGUGGAGAAGCAAAGGGAACGAGGGUGACUUGAACCUGGACCUCCUGGCUUCUCACAUCAUGCUCUUUACACUUCACUUUCCAUGACAAUAACGGAUUUAUGGUUACAGUUGGACUCUGGAAUAUGAAACGUAUGCUGAUUUCAAGGUGAAAGCUCUCGGUUUAAAAAAGAAAACCAUUUUAUUCACGUCUCCAAAUAUAUAUACAGAAAAACAACUGCAUAGCUGGUUAUCUCGCUGAACAAUCAGGCUCUGCAGCCGAUGAGGAAUUCCUCAAUUGCAUGAACGCUUUCUUAAUUCCGGUGUAUAACCACCUUUAGAAAGUGACAGUAAUCUUUAAUUUGUAAGGCAUUCGUUUUAUUUCUCUGAGGCCUCUGUGUGUUUCCAUUAGGCGACAGUGGUUGUGACUACUAGAGAUCAAAACAGCUGGCAGAAAAGGGAGACUUGGGGUUACAUUUGAGGCACAUCGAUUUAGUCAAAACAUGGGGAUAUAAGUGGGGCUCACCAUACACUAAGAAGGAUCAUGGAAAUCGUUCUUUUCUAACCUACAGGUUUUUGCCCAGAGGCAGCAUUCAAUGGAGCUCCGAGUCCAGAGUUGCAGGCAGGCCUCUGGGGCCACGCGCUGAAAGACUGGGUUAUAACAACGUGUGACGGGCACAGGGACCUGGGCUGUGGGCAUCCUGUCUGCCUCUGGGAGAUGGUGGCUACGGUGGAGAGAUGACAGAGGAGUUUGGGUUGGGGUCUUCUCACUUUCUAGCUGUGGGAAUUGAGUCUAAUCCUCAGCUUCUCAAAGCCUCACUUUUUCUCUCUCUAAAAUGGGAUUCAUAAUACUCAUCUGGCUAGAUUGCAAUGAGCGUUAAAGAUAAAAGUGGUCGAUGCACAGGUGACGCUUGCUAUAUUGCAGGUAUUGUUCUAAGGGCAUCUCUUAUGUUGGAUUGAAUUGUGUUUCUCCAAAAAGAUCUGUUGAAAUCCUCACCCCAGGUACCUCAGCAUGUGACCCUGUUUGGAAAUUGGGUCUUUACAGAUGGCAUCAAGUGACAAUGAAGUUCUUAGGGUGGGCCCUAAUCCCACAUUUCUGGUGUCCUUAUAAAAAGGGGCAAUGUGGACAGAGAGACUGUACCCAGGGAGGAUGGUGUUUGGAGAGGGAGAGGUGGCUCUGUAAAGCAGACAACACCUGGGGCUACGAGAAGCUAAAGAACCAAGGAAUUUUCAGAGGGAGCGCGCCCCACCCACACCUUAAUUUCUGACUUCUGACCUCCGGAACUAAAAGACAAUGCAUUUCUGUUUCUCUAAGCCACCCAAACUUGUGGUACUUUGUUACAGCAGGCCUAGGAAAGGAAUUCCACAUUUCCACUUCACCGUGGCCCUAAGGGAUAAGUACUAUUGUUAGCCCCGCUUUCCAGGUAAAGUAACUGAGGCGCAGAGGUGAGUUGCCUGAAGUCUUACACCACCAGGUAUACUGGAGCCAGGAUUUAAACCAGGCAGCCUGGAUCCCGAGGCUCAGCUCUUCACCACUGCAAUCUACUAACACUUGUGCAACCAGAAUGAACCAGCACUCCACGCGAUUCCCAGCACUCAGGAAGCCCCCAGGAGAAGGAAGCUGCUGGUGUUACACUUGCUAUUAUGCAAUCUGUGAAGCCUCCACCCUCGAGGACAGGAUGCAUUCAGGGGAACACGUCAGUCCAGGUGGAAGGUCUUGGGGCUGAGCCCACUGAGGAAGUGCUUUACCUGGGACUCUGGAGGGGUGAAGCUCAUAACCUAGGGCCAAAGGCAGAAAUCUACUUUCUGGACACUUGCUGAUCAGUUUAAUUACAAUAGUUCCCAGUCCUUGGCCACCUCCUUUGUAUCUGGAACUAAAUGCUUUACAUUUGCAUCUAGUCUUCAAGAUAACUCCAGGAGAUGGAGAAUAUUAUCUCCAUUUUGCAGAUGGAAGAACUAAGAUUCAAAGUGGCUGAGUGAGGAGGCUGAAGCCGCACAGCUAUGAAGAGGGCAGAACCCCAGUCCCAACCAGGUCUCUGACUCAGCAUCUGCCCUCCCCCACACCAGCACCUGCUCCCCUCCAGGCAAGGUGUUGCCUCAUCAGUUCACCAGGGCUUGCCAUUUUAAUACAAAUGAACUCAUAAGUCAGGCCUGAUGCUGAGACUCUCAGUGAAGUAACCACAUGGAGAUGCACAGAUCUCUGGAAUGCCAGACAUUCUCUUAUCUCUUGCAAUCAAUUAUCAUGCACCAAAGUUUAACUGUAAAUACCUCUAAGGAGGGAAUACUCUCAGACUAGGGAUAUCAACAAAGGAGAUGGUAAUGUUAAGCUUCCUCUUCCUCUGGAAAGAAGCCAGCUGUGGAAAGAGAGGCUCCCAAAGUUCUGAAAUCAGGGGGUCUCAAGAUAAUGGAUACAUUUUAGAGACUGAACGUACAUAUGCUAUCUCAAAUUGACAUGGUUACAAGAAGUAACUUUAUAUAUUCGAUUCGGAGCCAAGCAGCCAGAAAAUGUUAAAUAAGUCAGACAUUCCCACUAGUAGGUUUCCUUUAGUACUUUUCCUUGAGCAUUUGGAGGUGUAAAGAUUAGUUUAGACCCUGCUUAGAUUAGUGAACUUUCAAAUAACUACUUUAUACCCAAGAGACUUGAAAGAAUUAACAAUGCGUUGCUCAAAGUAACUAACUUAAAAAUUGAAAUUUGCCUUGCAGAUAACCUCUGUUGGGAAAUCCAUUUUAUUUUUUUAACGUGUUCAAAGACAGACUUUGGAUGUUAAAGAAGUGGUUUCCAAUGAAAUAUGCACGAUUGAGGUGAAACGAAAGCUCACAAUUUGCACAUCCUUAAAAGCAACUCCUGAUGUAUGUGCCAGACACAGUCAUCGUUAGAUUCUGAGACACAGAUAUUGUAAGGCUGAGAUAAUGGGCUUUGAUUAUAGUGUGAAGUGUAGGGAUUGCAACAAAAAUAACCCCCAAAAGAGGAGACAUCUUUGAUUAGGAACAUUCACACUCAUUGUUUUGAGGUCACUGGACUUAAAAAUGAAUGCAUUGCUUUACGUUUCUGCAGUGCCUGCCAGCUUGGCGCAAUUAUUUAACAAGUAGAAUACAGAAAAGGAAACAAAAAUAAUUUUCCUGCAUAAGGACAAAAAUGUGAGCCCUGAAGUUUUGACUUAAACACUUUUUACUUUUAGAAAGCUAAUUUUUAACAAAGCUCAAAGAAAUUUCCUGACAAUUCAAUUCCUCUUCACCGCUGUGCAAAGUUGGAAAAGGACAAUAAUUAACUACUGCAUUGAAAAUGAAAUCUCUUUUGAGGCACACUCCCAUUUUAUUGAGUUCUUAUAGAGGCUUCUCAAAAGAUGGUAGAUAUUCGGAGGGAGGAGCUUCUUACUUGGGGCAUGUCUACCUCCAUACAGGAAAGUCAGCCACCCUCUCCAUCCUGAAGCACCUCUGUCUUCUGGCUCGUGAUAAAGGUUCCUUUUCCCACCCACUGGUCUCCCUCCUCUCCCCAGUGACCAGGUUGGCUGCGUUCCUCACACUAGUAGGUGAUGACUUUGGCAAAAACCAGGCUCCACCUGCAGGUGGUGGGAGUACCCCUUUUAUGUUCUCUUCCCGUGUCCUCACCCAGGGCAGAAAUUCUCCUCAUGCCAGGGGCAGAGACACUGCACUCAUCCCGCAGCUGCCCCACCUGUGCCUGGGGCAGGGGUUGGGAGGUAAGGAUAGGAAAUUUAACUCAGUAAAAAAAGCACAUUUAGGAUAGCUUUUCUUUCUUUAUUUUUUGAGACGGAGUCUCACUCUGGUGCCCACGCUGGAGUGCAGUGGUGGGACCUCAGCUCACUGCAACCUCCUUCUCCUGGGUUCAAGCGAUUAUCCUGUCUCAGUCUCCUGAGUAGCUGAGAUUACAGGCAUCCACCACCAUGCCCGGCUAAUUUUUGUAGUUUUAGUAGAGACAGGUUUCACCAUGUUGGCCAGGCUGGUCUCAAACUCCUGACUUCAGUGAUCCGCCCCCCCUUGGCCUCCCAAAGUGGGAUCAAGCUUUUCAAUUGGAGUAGAACUUAGAAUGGCCAAUGAGUGAUGAUUUCCAACAGAAAAGACUAGUUACCAAAAUAUUACUGGAUCAUCUUUUAAUGCCAAGAAUUGAUAGAGAAUGAUGGAACCCAGCUCUUUAGGAGUAUGAACUAAUCAGGGACUUGAACAGCUCAAUCAAGUACAAACCCAUCAGUCAACCAUCCCCCGCCCACUUUUUCUGAGGGAAAGAAACAAGUGGAAGCAAGCUCAUUUUCGUUAGCUUGGUUAGUUUUGCUUGUCGUUGCUAGAAUAUGUGAGGUAGGUAUGAUGCUGGCCUGCCCAAGUUCAUGGCCUCAGGCCAGGUGUGCCCAUAUAGAAGUGAGACCAGCCUCCCAAGUCUCAGGAGUUAACUUCACAGCAGCCACAGCUGGUUUGUCCUGAUCAAUGAUCACCGGUGAUCUGCAUAUCAACAGAUGGUGCUGGGAGCAGACACUGGGUCUCAUUCAGUGAUUCAUGUCUAUAAUCCUCCUUGCGUGCUCUUUGCAUAAAAGCUGUUGAAAGAUAAUCUGCCUUAGGGAUCAAAGAGCAACUCAAGCGAGCUGCAUCCUUCGGAUAGUUUCCGAGUCCAAGCGGUAGACUCCAGGGGAAUAGGGGAGAUUUUUGAGUUAAAAACAGAACGAACAGGUAGGAUGAGAACUGGCAGGAACCGAGAACCUGUGAGAACCAUGUGGCCUAAGUGGAAGGAAUUUUGGAGCCCAGCAAACCAGAGUUCAAAUCCCAUCCCAGCCACCUCACACGACUCACUCCACUUUAUUGAGCCUCAGUUUCCUCCUCUGAAAAAUGGAGAUAAUCAUAUCUUUUUUCAGAGUUAAGUGGUUUCAGGUAGGGAAAGCUUUGGCACGAUGUCUGGCGUGGAAAAGGCCAAUCCUAUCAAUCCAAUGGGCCUUUUAAAAGGCCACUUUGAAAAAUGGCACUUUGAGGCAGCCGUAGCCGCAGUGCUCAGAACAGAGAAGCUUGAGGUGGAUUCUGGCGUUGCCUAGGGAGCGACUAGACCAACAUUCCGGUGUGGGCCCAACAUUCCGGUGUGGGCAGCGGUGGCGGCCGGCAGGCAGCGAGAGGCAGCCAGCUACGAGGGCCCUCACUCCACGCCGCUCUGGAUGAACCCGAUGGAAUAAGCCGCGCCUCCCGCAGGGGCUGCGCCUCCAUUAAUCCCUAGUUGUUUUUUUUCUUUCUCUCCCCUCUCCUCACCCCCACUCCGAGCCCCGUCCCGCCUUCUCUCUUCGCCAGCGCGGCGGCCGCGUCCAGGUGCGGACCCUCCAUACCGGAGCGCGAUGGCGUCCAACCCCGAAUGGGGGUUGAUUCUGCUCACAGAACUGCAGGGGGACUCCCGAAGUCUUCCGUUUUCUGAGAAUGUGAGUGCUGUUCAAAAAUUAGACUUUUCAGAUACAAUGGUGCAGCGGAAAUUGGAUGAUAUCAAGGAUCGAAUUAAGAGAGAAAUAAGGAAAGAACUGAAAAUCAAAGAAGGAGCUGAAAAUCUGAGGAAAGUCACAACAGAUAAAAAAAGCUUGGCUCAUGUAGACAACAUUUUGAAAAAAUUAAAUAAAAAAUUAGAAGAACUACAUCACAAGCUGCAGGAAUUAAAUGCACAUAGUGUUGUAUCAGAUCCAGAAGAUAUUACGGAUUGCCCGAGGACUCCAGAUAUUCCAAAUAGUGACCCUCGUUGUUCUACUAGCAACAAUAGAUCGAAGGCUCCCUUCGCCAGCGGCGGCCGCGUCCAGGUGCGAAGUCCAUACCGGAGCGCGAUGGCGUCCAACCCCGAACGGGGGUUGAUUCUGCUCACAGAACUGCAGGGGGAUUCCCGAAGUCUUCCGUUUUCUGAGAAUGUGAGUGCUGUUCAAACAUUAGACUUUUCAGAUACGAUGCUGCAGCGGAAAUUGGACGAUAUCAAGGAUCAAAUUAAGAGAGAAAUAAGGAAAGAACUGAAAAUCAAAGAAGGAGCUGAAAAUCUGAGGAAAGUCACAACAGAUAAAAAAAGUUUGGCUCAUGUAGACAACAUUUUGAAAAAAUCAAAUAAAAAAUUAGAAGAACUACAUCACAAGCUGCAGGAAUUAAAUGCACAUAGUGUUGUAUCAGAUCCAGAAGAUAUUACGGAUUGCCCGAGGACUCCAGAUAUUCCAAAUAGUGACCCUCGUUGUUCUACUAGCAACAAUAGAUCGAAGGCUCCCUUCGCCAGCGGCGGCCGCGCCCAGGUGCGAAGUCCAUACCGGAGCACGAUGGCGUCCAACCCCGAACGGGGGUUGAUUCUGCUCACAGAACUGCAGGGGGAUCCCCGAAGUCUUCCGUUUUCUGAGAAUGUGAGUGCUGUUCAAACAUUAGACUUUUCAGAUACGAUGCUGCAGCAGAAAUUGGACGAUAUCAAGGAUCGAAUUAAGAGAGAAAUAAGGAAAGAACUGAAAAUCAAAGAAGGAGCAGAAAAUCUGAGGAAAGUCACAACAGAUAAAAAAAGCUUGGCUUAUGUAGACAACAUUUUGAAAAAAUCAAAUAAAAAAUUAGAAGAACUACAUCACAAGCUGCAGGAAUUAAAUGCACAUAUUGUUGUAUCAGAUCCAGAAGAGGUUACCUUUUUUAAUCCAGUUAUUGAAAAAAGACCAAAACUUCAAAAACAAAAGAAAAUUUUUUCAAAGCAACAAGGCAAAAGAUUUCUCAGAGUUCCUCAAAUGAAUAUUAAUAUUGCCACUUGGGGAAGGCCAGUAAGAAGAGUUAGUCCUACAGUAAAACAUUCUGGCACCUUCAGCCCUCAAGCUCCUGUGCCUACUACAGUGCCAGUGGUUGAAGUACACAUCCCUAAACUAGCAGCUCCAGCUAGUGAUUCUACAGUAACCAAAUUGGACUUUGAUCUUGAGCCUCAACCUCCUCCAGCCCCACCACGAGCUUCUUCCCUUGGAGAAAUAGAUGAAUCUUCUGAAUUAAGAGUUUUGGAUACACCAGGAGAGGAUUCAGAGACUGCUUUUGAUACUGAGAAUGACAGAAAUACUAUGCUUCCAAAAUCUCAAUCUGAAUACAAGCCUGAUACUCCUCAGUCAGGCCUAGAAUAUAGCGGUAUUCAAGAACUUGAGGAUAGAAGAUGUCAGCAAAGGUUUCAGUGUAAUCUACAAGAUUUCAGGUGUUAUGCUGUCUUGGGAAGAGGAAAUUUUGGAAAGGUGCUUUUAGCUGAAUAUAAACACACAAAUGAGAUGUUUGCUAUAAAAGCCUUAAAGAAAGGAGAUGUUGUGGCUCAACAUGAAGUAGACAGCCUGAUGUGUGAAAAAAGAAUUUUUGAAACUGUGAAUAGUGUAAGGCAUCCCUUUUUGGUGAACCUUUUUGCAUGUUUCCAAACCAAAGAGCAUGUUUGCUUUGUAAUGGAAUAUGCUGCCGGUGGGGACUUAUUGAUGCACAUUAAUACUGGUGUCUUUUCUGAACCAAGAGCUGUAUUUUAUGCUGCUUGUAUAGUUCUUGGGUUGCAGUAUUUACAUGAACACAAAAUUGCUCAUAGAGAUUUGAAAUUGGAAAACUUAUUGCUAGAUACAGAGGGCUUUGUGAAAAUUGCUGAUUUUGGUCUUUGCAAACAAGGAAUGGGAUAUGGAGAUAGAACAAGCACAUUUUGUGGCAAUGCUGAAUGUCUUGCCCCAGAAGUAUUAACAGAAACUUCUUAUACAAGGGCUGUAGAUUGGUGGGGCCUUGGCGUGCUUAUAUAUGAAAUGCUUGUUGGUAAGCCUCCCUUUCCUGGUGAUGAUGAAGAGAAAGUUUUUGACAGUAUUGUAAAUGAUGAAGUAAGGUAUCCAAGGUCCUUAUCUACAGAAGCCACUUCUAUAAUGAGAAGGCUGUUAAGAAGAAAUCCUGAGUUGCGCCUUGGGGCUAGCGAGAAAGAUGCAGAAGAUGUAAAAAAGCACCCAUUUUUCCGGCUAAUUGAUUGGCGCGCUCUGAUGGACAAAAAAGUAAAGCCACCAUUUAUACCUGCCAUAAAAGGACGAGAAGAUGUUAGUCAUUUUUCUGAUGAAUUUACCUCAAAAGCACCUAUUCUGACUCCACCUCAAGAACCAAGGAUACUUUCGGAAGAGGAGCAGGAAAUGUUCAGAGAUUUUGACUACACUGCUGAUUGGUGUUAAGUUGCUAGACUCUGCGAAACCAAGCUGACUGACUCCCAAGAAGACCUCUUAAAAAUAGCAACCCUUCAUUUGCUCUCUGUGCCACCAAUAGCUUCUGAAUUUUGUUUUGUUUUUUUUUUUUCUUAAUUGAAACACGUGAAGAUUUGUUUAAAAAUACCAUUCUAAUACUUCUUCAAAGGUGGCUUCUCAUUGUACUUCAGUGUAAAUAUGAGCACCGGGAACAGUUUCAUGGAGUUUAAGUUGAGUGAACAUCGGCCAUGAAAAUUCAUCACAAAUACUUUUGGAUCAAUAGUCUAUUUUAAAAAAGAAAGAAAAAACCCACUUUUUAAUAGUCCCUAGCUUUGCCAUAUGCCCGCCUUAAGUGGAAAGAAAAUUAAUCACUUAACUGUGUUUUACAAAAAGAAAAAAAGGGCUUGGAAUGCUAUCAUUGUUCACACAAAGUACGAUUCUGUUUGAAUAAGGCAAAUGCUCCUUUUUUUUAAAAAAGACGUUACUGUACUAUCAAAAAACACGGCAGUUUGUAUACAAUUUGAGGCUUGAUUUUUUUUAAAAAAAGAAUGAAUUGAUGUCUUAUUUUAUAAAUGUUCUAUAAUUAUUAGAAAACUUUAUAUUGCCUUUUUUAUCAACCAUGUAACAGAGGCUUAUAGCUUUCCAAUAGAGCUGCUUGCCAAACAAUUUUUUUUUGUUUAUUAAACAGUGCUGAAACAAACAAGAUCAGCAUUUACUUAAGAUGUUAAGAAUGAGGAUUUUUAAUCAGCUAAACCAAGGUAUUGUUACCUGCAUGCAUUCCCAAAGUCUAGAUGCUCAGUAUGUUCAGUCAUAUGUUCCAGAAUCAGUGAAGUGAUCACCCCUUUUGUGAUAUUCACUCUACAUCUGCCAACCUAGUUCACCUUGGUUUCGUGUCUGCUGUAGAAGGGAACUAUAACUUGGUUAAACCGUAGGGAUUAUCAUUGUAUAGAUGCUGUGAACAUGUAUAUGUGCAAGUUUUAAUGUAUUCUAUGUUGUAGGCUUAUUAUUUAAUUCUACCACUUCAUCACUCUUGUACAGUGGCCGAGCAGACACCUCAAACCCCAGCAUCUACAUUAAGUGCAUUUGUACAUUUUAGGCCACUGGAUCCAGAUUUUAUACUGGCAGUUAUUGAGGGCAAAGGCAAUAUGUUGUAACAGAAUGUAUAAAUAUUUUUGAUAAAACAGUCUAUAUUUUAUAAAAAACUGAAUUAUAACACUAAAGCUGUACCUCAAAAGUCUCAACAAAAUUUGAUGAAAUAUUUUAUACAACUCUUCAAAGGAUCCAUCUAUGGCUUUUUAUACUCUUCUAGGGUUGUCUUUUUGCAAACCAUGACUUUCCACUUGCCUGUAGUUUUUUGUUUGUUUUGGUUUGGUUUGAUUUUAUAUUUUUUUCUCCUAAUCUAUGACUUUAUUGUUUUUUCUUAGUUUAGUAAUAGCAUCUUUGAUCCUGUGCUUAGCAUGUUAGGGUCAUUAUACCUCAGGAAUAGCAAGCUGUUAAGUAACCAUACUGAAUUAACUAUUUAAUCACAGUGAGCUCAUCUCUUGAAAAUUGUUCAGGUGUAAAUCUUAUGAGAAACAUGAAAAAGCACACUGAUUUAUGGAGAGUUGAGCUAAAAACAUUUAUAAAUAUUUGCUGGGAUGUUUUAGCAACUUUUCAUUGUACUCUGAGAACAAUUAAAAUUGUCCAGAGAUCAUUUAUAUUACCUUCCAAAUUGUUUAUUACCCAAGAUCCUUUGGGAGAAAAUCUUAUAGAAAGGGGGAACAAUACGUGGCUUAAAGUUAUUUUAAAAUGCCAGUUAAUUUCCUUGGCAAAGGACAAUAGAGGAACUUAGCUUAAUUGUCUGGCUUUAAUUUAAACAGUGUUAAUACAACAUUAAAACAUUAAAUACUUUUGAGGUACAGUCUGCUCACUUUUUCGGUUCUCAAAUAGCAAAGAAAGUAAUGUCUAAAAUAGGCUUUUGGCAUUAAAAACUGACAGCAUUUUGUAACUACACAGUGUACAGAAUUUUUUUUAAUUGAAGUCAAAUCACUAAAAAUAUUAGAAGGCAGGGUCUAUUUACACAAUUAAGCUGAAGAAAGCACUAAUUUUUUGUAGUUUAAAAUAUAUAUAUUUUAGACAGAUUUAAAAUUUUAAGCUUUAUAGAGUGUAAAUAUCUUUUGCUAUUACUGUAUGUGUAUGUGACAGCUCAAGCACUUCGUAAAGAAAUUUGGAUAUUUUAGAAUGGUACACUAUGCAUUCAAAUGAAAUGUGCCUUUCACUAUGUCAUUCUGAAAAAACAAAUGUUUUUUGUCAUAAAUUAUCACAAAUGAACAAAUUGAAGUCUAUAUAGAUUGAAAUUUGUAAAAAAAUAAAAAUAAAAAUAAAAAAUAAAUAAAAAAUGGCACUUUGAACAAUUCUCUUCUAGGGAGGGAUGGGGCCGGACAGUCCAUUUCUUACUUGAUAUCUACAGAUCAUUUGCAGAGGAAAAGUCUCAAAUCCCCUUGCACCACUGUACUCCAGCCUGAGUGACAUUGUAAGACUCUGUCUCAAAAAAGAAAAGAAAACCCCCUUGAAAAGCAGCACCACGUUGCAUCUGCCUUGCACAGGAAGCUGGAAGGUUUGCACGGGGGUGAAAGUCACAGGCAGAAACUGCCCGCGGGGCUCGGGAGGGCUGGGAGCGAGCCCUCUGAGCCUGGCCACGCUGGCCCGCCACUGCCCUCUGCUGGCGGCUGCGGUCAUCACCACCGCCCGCAGCCGUCCCCGAAGUGCGCCGAGAGGCGCCAGGCUGGGCCAGCCUUGAAUUCUGUGUUUGCUUCUCCCGGUUUGAAGGCCACCUCCAGGAUUCGCAGAAAUCUGACAGCUGCUUGUGACUGUGCUGAAGAUGCCGAGAAUGCAGGCAGAGUCCGCCGGCCACGCGCUGCAGCAAACGCGCUGCAGCAAACGCGCUGCAGCAAACGCGCUGCAGCAAACGCGAGCCUCGGGGCCUUGAACCUGGAGCCGGGGCCUUGCCUGGGCUGUCCUGGCAGGCAGUCUCGUGCUGUGCCCCCCGUCCCCCGCUUCCUCAUUCCCCCACCCCACCCUCCUAACCCUUGUUGUGUUUCAUUUUCCCUUUUAGGAUGUGUGCUUCUUAUUUGGGAUUUUGUUAUUCUUGACCCCAGCCCUUUCUUUCCCUCCUUCUCUUAGUUCUUCUUUUGGUUAAGUUUAUGAUUUUUUUAAACCACAAUUUGUAAUGGUCACUGCAGUGGACGUUUAACUUCGAACACCCCUUUGUUCCUCCAAAGGCGAAAUUCCUCCUGCACCCUGCAUGGCCCAUUCAGGAGCGUCUGUGACCCAACCUCUCUGGCUCUGGGGAGAGGGCAAAGUGUGGCAUCCAGCCCUAGCCAGGCCAGCGAGGAGCCGCGUUCCUGCCACAGUGACUGUGGCUCCAGGAUCCAGGCUGGGCAGGAGGAUUCUUCAUGCUGGAGGAAUCCAUUCCUCUCGGUGGCCGAGCUGGGAAGAAAUGUCCCCAUGUGAAGACAUGACCCUAGGAAGAGACGCUGGGGCUACAGCCAGGGCCACGGGGAGGGCAGCAGGGGAGGGUGAGUUCUGCUCUCCUGGCUCCUGCCUCACUCCUGCUUCUUUUUUCAGGAGCCACCGGCCCUCUCUCUGCCUGGAGUAGCAGGCCUGGGAUUUCUGUCACUUGCUUCCUUUGCCUGUCCCUGGCUCCUCUCUCUGCCGUCAUCACAUUUCUGGCCACCUUGCCCUCCUCCUCUGAGCUCACAGCUCCUGGCCUGGGUCCUGGCUGUGGAGGGCACCAGUUUAGAGCCACUAUAGAUGAAGGCUCCGGGCCGCAGUCCGGGCUUCUGAGCACUGGGCCUUAGCCGCCUGACUUUGCCCCUUUCCCCAAGGCCAAUCACCGGUGGCAAAUCUCACAAGCGACUUCGUGUUAAAAGUGAUGACUACCUACGUUUACCUCUCCCGAAGAGCUUACAUUUAGCUUAAAAAUUAUCUAUUAUGAAAAUAUUCGAAUGCACAAAACAGUGUGAUAACACGGGACAGGGCUCCGUCCUGGUUUCCCGUGUCUUCCUCCCCACACUGGAAUAUUUUUAAAGCAAAUACCAGACAUCCCAUCUGAAGUCAUAAAUACUUCCGUGCCUGUCUCUAGUACUGAGGGACUUUUAAAAAAACAUACUCUUGUUAUCACACCCAACAAAAUGAAUAUAACUAUUUCAUAUUAUUCAAUACCCAGUCCAUGUGGAGUUUUUGCUAGUUAUCUUUAAAAUGCCUCUGUGAAAUUCGUUUAUUUGAAUCAGCAUUCAGGCCAGGCAAGGUGGCUCACGCCUGUAAUUCCAGCACUUUGGGAGGCCAAGGCUGGCGGAUAUCUGGAGCCCAGGAGUUUGAGACCAGCCUGGGCAACAUGGUGAAACUCUGUCUCUACGUGAAAUACAAAAAUUAGCCGUGUGUGAUGUUGUGCACCUGUAGUACUAGCUGCUCAGGAGGCUGAGGCAGGAGAAUCGCUUGAGCCAGGGAG